AUGACUGAAGUCGAAAGCGUUCCUAAGGCGAAACUCGAUAUCGGUGAGGAUGAAAGUCACAUCACCAGCAGUUGUAAAAAUGCCAUAGACCACGUAGACGUCGAUAACUGCACUGCGGAAAAAGACGAAGACGAAAAUGUGAGCGAAAACACGUCGGAGAACGAGAAGAAUCACCAUGACUCGGCCGCAGCACCUCCCCCGCCGAAAAAUCCUUGGACAAGACACUUAAAGAGCAAGGGCGAGAAAGGUACUGGCCUUUAGCGGAAGUUAUAUUUAUAACCGGACUAAACAGCUGUUUUUGAACCAAACUGUCUGUUUUUCUUUCAGAGGAGGCGGAAAAACCAACUGUUGUGAAAGCCGCUAAACGCAAGGGAAAGGUAUCUACUGACGGGCAUGGGGUAGGGAGUAUUGUGUUGUAGUUGGAAUUUCAACGGGUCGGCAUCUCAUGUGGUGUACGUAUUUUAUUUAGGGCAGUGAAUUCACUGAUAUAACCAACUGGCCAACUCCUGGUGAAUCCACAGCAACUAAUAAAGAUGCAAAGGUACAGAAAAGUAAUUUCCUGCUCUAAAUUGUUUUAGCGCAUGGUGAUUGUGCAUUUCGUAUCGUUUGUUCUUGUAUGGUUGUAUGUAUACGCAACACCUUUGUUAACUUCUUUUCUAAUAAGAUUUUGUUGUUUGUUUUUGUAGCCCACUGCUAGCAAAAAGGAAAAUGCCGAAAACGAACUUUCAGAAGACGAAAACUCAAAAACUACGCCAAGAAAGAAAGGUGCGUAAAUUUGUUUCUUGUGAAAUGUUCUUGUAUAAACACGAUGUUAUCCGGCAAUCUUCGUUAAAACAACAACCUGUCGAUUAUGUUGCCAUAAUAUAUGCCUUUCAUUCUGCCGUAUAAAUGGUUUGUGUCUCUGGAAAUUUUGCAUGGUUUAAUUGGAAUUGGGUACAGAGUCGGUACGGUUUUUUGGACGAUUAAGUUCUUUUGUACCCAUUGAACAUCGCUCGUAAUAAUAAUGUAAAAUGAUGUAUCUUUUGGACACAUCGCCAUUUGUACAUUUGUUUCAUCUACCAGAUUCAAAUGUUUUUAGUUCCAUUUUAUAAGAAGAAAAAUGGUCUUCUUUUUGAAAUAUAUAUAAUAUAUAUUUGUAAACGAGAAUAAAUUAUUUAAUGAAUCACAGGAAGUAGUUGUACACGUGCAAAAUAGCUGACUUUGCAUUACACUUUUUUUGGCAAGAGAAUAUGGAUAUGGGUCUUGUUCUCCUAAAUCCCAUUACAUUUUGCCCAAAGGAAGAAGUAUUUUAUUUGCUCAAUGCAUUAACGGUUCAAAUUAUGAAUGCAAAGCAAUAUAAAAUUAAUGUUGUGUAUUGAUGAAGACAAAACAAAUUGAUUUACUAUUCCCUCAGUCAGUAUGAGUCACCACAUCAUAAAAAUGUGGAACACAGUCGAUACAAGGAACUUUCUUAAAUGUGUAACUGCCUUUAGAAAAAUUUUCUCGAUUCUGUGCUAAUUACUGGUGAUGAAAAUACAGACUUGUUGCACAGAGUUAUGUGGAACAAGUAUCUGUGAUCUUUCCCAAUAACUAAAUUUAGAAUUGUAAGACUUCUUAUUUCUUUUGGUGACUGUCACUGUAACAUAGUUAAACUUGGAAAAACCUCAAGUAUGAGAACUAGCACUCUAUACACUGCCCUAGUUCACCUAACUUCUGCUUCAAGGCGACUAGAAAAUCUUUGUUUUUUUUUAUAGAAACCAUAUACUGGACACCUCGGUCUCAUAGGUUCAGAGCUCUGGGCCUCAGUCAAUUUUUCUUGUAUCAGAGUUUUUGUCUUAAGUUAAUUUUAGAACGGUGACCAGAAACAAUGACUGGCCAAAGAAAUACCAUAAAAUUCCGAAAAUAAGUCCCGGGGCAUAUAUUUUUCAAAGGCCUUUUUUGAGGGGCUUAUUUUCGGAGGGGCUUAUCUACGGAGGGAAAUUUGCGUUUCAAAAUCGAUUGGGCUAGCCUUAUAGUUGGAAGGAAAUGUACCAUUUUUGCUUUGUUUUACUUUGUAUUUGAGGGCAAUUUCCAAGUACAAGUCCCCGGGGGGCUUAUAUUUGGAGGGGCGAUUUAACGGAGGGUUUUUUUGCGUUACAAGUUUGGGCGGCUUAUAUUUGGAGGGGCUUAUACAUGGAGGGGCUUGUUUUCGGAAUUUUAUGGUGCUUGUUUCCGACAGGUCAAAAUGUUAAAAAAGUUAACCAAUGACAGUCUGUAAACUCAAAACCACUAUUUGUUUGUUCUAGCCGCUGCUAGACUGUUAAAAAAGUGGCAUAAUGGUCAAAACCGUGAGUUAAGUUUUUGGCCGGUGAAGUCACUAUUCUGGCUUUGCUUUUAGAAGAGUUUACUUGGUAUUUAGAUCCAGUCAUUAAUAUCACUUUGCUAUGCUUGGUUUGCAACCACAAGACAUUAUAUGUUUUUGACUUUUUUGCAGAAUUAUCACAAAAAAUAGUCUAUUUCUCAAUUGAGAAAAAUGCUUUUGUUCUUGUUAACCAAAAUGGUCACUGCUGCAAACCAUUGAUUAAGAGGCUGUGUACGUAAGGGAACUCUCUAUUUAAUAUAAGGUGACAUAACAUACUAAGUUUAUUCAAGACAUUGGAAUAAAAAGAAAACUAAACCAAAAUCUCAAAACCGAAACAGGAGGUCACCCUAUAAGGUUCCCUAAAAUAAGUAAAUAAAAAAAAGAAAUAAAAACAUAUUUAUUUGUACAUGUAGUUACGUCACGGUGUCAAUAAAAACUACUCAAUUACUCAAAUUUAUAUUUUAUAAAAUCCCUCUAUCUUUACAUUUUUUAAAAUCUUGCCUCAAAAAGUCUCAAAGUUCCUGCUUUUAACCACCUGCUAUAAUAGGUUAAUUCAGGCAAAAGUGAUGCACAGUAUGAAAUGAACUUUUGUGUGAAUUACUUCUUUGUACUUUAAAUGAAUAAUAAAUUAUUAAAUUCUAAAGAAAAAGAAACAAAAGCAAAAACACAUAAAACAAAACUUAAAACAUCAAACCAUUGUUGUAAGAGAGUGAAAAGGGUGCAUGUAGAUGCUUUUACUGUUAUCAACUGCAAGCGAAUUGGUAAUCAUCACUAUUGACACGUAUUUUUGCUGACCAAUUUUGUAUUUCUUCAGUAGUGAAAAAAAAAAACAUACUAGGCAAGGACUGAAUUCGACCUUGUUAACUUUGUAUUAGUAGUAGUGGCUCUUUUCAUGUAAAGAGUAAUAGUGUACUUUUAAACUGGCAUUGUGUCUUUGCUUUGUUUUGAGUGGCAUUUCCAAGGUGGAUUUUAGUUUUGAGCUGACACUUACAAUGAUAAUGGAAUUGGGGAAAUAUUUGUUCUUCAUGUUGGUUUCCUGGUUACCAUGAAGGUUGUAUUAGUAAUUCCCAUUAUCUUGAAUUAUCCCUUGACAUGAUUGCUUAGAAUAUUGUGACUUGGUUCAUUUAGUUUCUGUAAGGCUUAAUAUAAUAGUUCUUUUCUAGUGUCCUGCUUUUUUUUGUGUUUGUACUUGCUUUCUGAUAAGCUGCAAAAGUAUUGGUAAUUUAUGCAGAAUUUCCUGGAGGUCACAUUCUCUAAAAAAAUGAGUGCAAAUUAUGAUGAUUUCUCCAGUGUAUAUUUUGUGUAUAAUAUACAACUAUCCCCCAAAGGGGAGGCAAAUAGUGGUGGAUAUACAGCUAUUUCGAGAAAGGUUGUCCGACAAAGUGCAUGCGGCAACCCCGAAAGGUAUUGUGGGUUGUUUUGAGUUCACUGUUUUUCAAAGAAAUUUGAAAGAAUGGUAGGAGAGGCCGUGGACAUAUAUAUGUCUGCGAGUGCUAAAGGUAGGCAACAAAAGUAGGUUCGACAGCUACAGUGUCAGGAACAGUGUAUUGAUCAUAUCCCAUAUUACCUUUUGGGAUUGUCGCGUGCACAUUUUUUCCGACAACCUUUCUUGAAAUAGCUGUAUACUGAGACGCAAAGCAUCAAAGUACAUUUCUAGUGCUAUGAACCAACCCUGUAAGUGAUAGUUGUAUAUUAUACACAAAAUAUACACUGUUAAAGCAGUGUCGAUUUUUAUCUUUGAAUUUAAAACAGUACAAGCAGUUACUUAAACAAGAGGCAAAUUUAAUGCAUCAGGAUCUCUUGAUACACAGUUAUCCAAUGGUGACUGUCUUCAGUACUUGAAUUUUACUGUUUUAAAAUACUCCUCCUGAUCGUUACUAAUUUACCAAAGCCUUAUUUAUAACCACAUACUGACGAAAAUGAACAAAAGAAUCUUCCCCCCUAGAUGCCGUAAUAAGGAAUUAAAAAAAUGUCCAUUGUUUUCUUUUCACUUUUUAGUCGUGAAGGAAGUUUUUUUAAAAGUGUUUUAUCUUUACAAUGAUGCAGGUGGUCGUCCAAAGUGGGUUCCAUUGAAUCUUGAGGGAACAGAAGGUGGUGGAGAAAAUUCAAACAAUGAUGUCAACCCAGAUAAAUCUCCAACAUCUCCAGAAGCUGCUUCACCUAGUACCAAGGGGACAAGGUCACCCAUUAACCGGCAGAGCCCAGGGGGCAUGUCAGGAAAUAUAUCCCCUAGUAGAGGGGGUAGGGGUGGACGUGGAGGACGAGGUGGCCGUGGUGGAAGGGGACGUCGAAUGCCAAGAGGUGAACUACUUUAUUGUUAGCUUACAAGACCAUACCUGCUCUUAGGUGUUUUGUGUUUAAAUAAACUUGAUUGGUUACCGGUAAUUGCAAUUGUUUUUUGAGUUAUCACCUUAAUCUUGAAAUUAAAUACCUACUCAAAAAUUUUGUGCAGAAAGUGGUUAAUAAUAUGGCUAGAUGAAAAAGUUGUGGCAGCAGUUUGGAGAAAUUGUGAUGUUCUCAUUAACAGACUCAGAUUUGGACUAAAAUGUAAUUUAAGUAAAGCACAAAAAUAAAUUUUCUCAAAAUUAUGUAAGUACUCACCAAAAUAUGUAUGCAGCAAUAGGUACAGGGUAUGUAGUAUAUUUGCUCGUGUCGCACGUGACAGCGUAAAUAUUAGAAAGAGAUUGAAAUAUGAUAUUGAAUAGCUGCGGGGAAUCAUUUCAAAAACUGGAAUGUUUUUGCGAGCCUUGCAAAAGUUACCACAAAACGUACAGCACAAAUAGGGAGGUGAAGAUGGCGCUGAAUAUAUGAUAAAAGACACCUCAGAGCCUACCGUUCAUGUUCGUAGCUAGAUAGAAAAUGCCAUAAACUUUCAAAAGUAAAUAACAUUUGUUAUGUGUAAUUUUAAACCUCUUACUUUUGCACUGAUUGGAACUUUUUUUUCAGUUUUUACUUCAUGCAAUAGCGACCUAACAUUUUUAACACUGAAGGAAAAGUCAUGAUCUUAAUAGCAAAGGUUUUUCGAAGACUAUUAAAUUCAUUUGACACCGUUUUCAGAGAAGAGACUUCAACUGCACUGCAGUGGAAGUAACGGAAGCGAAUUUCAAGACAAGUGCUUGUUUGUUUACCUUUUAUCUGCGGAAUGAUUUUUUUUGCCUACAGCUGACAACCAAACGUUUAACGUUUUUGCUUUUAAAGUGCGGAAUGAGCAGGAAAUUUUGUUGCUUGUUCACUGGAAGUUAGCCUCAGAAUCAUAAGUUUUAGGUGCCUGUUUGGGCUCCCUGUUUGAAGUUUUGGUCGCCUGAGGGUAAAUUGUAGGCACCUCUGGCAACUGGGCACUCGUUAGGCAGCAGCCUUGUAUCUAAUGCUGAUCAUUUGGCUAAUUUUCUAACCGUAAAAUAUGCUACCGCUUUAGUGUCCUAAAAAUGUAAUGUUAAUGUAACUGACCUGUACCUGCAAUUCAGCUAUAAGCUGCAAAAGGUGUUAAUAAACAAGUCAUUCUGUCAUUCAGUCAGUCAUUCAGUUCCUGCAAAACUGGUAGUUAGUUUGUGCUUGUAGCCGAUAAACGACGUUUCCCAGUACGACUUGCCGCUCAGAAGGCAAUUCAUAGAAUCCGUGAACAAUCACAAAUGAAUACUUGACAUGAACGAUAUCAGAUUCAUUACGAUACUAUUCUUAAACUUUUAUCCUUUGCUAAUCAUUCCAUAUUAUUUCUUAUGUAAUCAGCCCGGGAGAGUAUCAUAAAUUAUGUAAUUAUGACGACACAAUGUGCGCAAUGUACUUCUAAGAUUCACACAAUAAAGAAAACAGGUAUCUUGACCAUUGUGAUACUAUGUUGUUACAAUAAUUGUAACAAUAAUACUGCGUAGCAUCCAACCUAAAUUGUCUUCAAAUGUCAAAGAGCAACAGUUUAAAGCAGAAGUGAACAUUUUUUGUUGUUUUAGGAGAUGGCCAUCACAUACCAUACAACUCCUAUCAGCAGCAGCAGUUUGGAUACCAGAUGUACAACGGAACAACCUACUUUGCACCACCCCAGCAAUAUGGCAACACUCAACCUUAUAACAGUAGUUUUUACUACAACUCAGGGAACUAUAUGGCUGUACCCCUGGAUGAAGUAACUCUUAAAGAAUAUGUCAAAAAUCAAAUGUAAGAUGUUUGAUGUGUUUGCAAUAAUAACAGUUUUUCGUUAAUCAAAGAGUGCAGUUUUUAUAAACACAAGCAAGCGCUCAAGAGCUGAACUGAACUUCUGAAUUACUGAACUUGUAGCACAAAUUUAUCAUCGUAAAACUCAAAAUUUUUCCUUUUCCUCCUAUUAAUGGCCUAUCCACCAAGUAACCACUAGUUGAAUGGUGGACUUGUAAAAAAAGAUUUGACUAUGUUUGCUUUUUUUGGUUAGGGAGCAGAGCACAUCUGUUCAAAUACUUAGUAUUUUAAAGACUCUGUGCUUAUAAAUUGACUAUCUAGUAACCAAUAUAUUUCAGCCAAAGGUUUACAAACCAUCUUCAUUCUUUUUGACUUCAGAGAAUACUAUUUUAGUGAGCAGAAUCUUCAAAAAGACAUCUUUCUGAGACGACAGGUAAAUAACGGUAAUAGUAUAAAUUAUAAUGUGUUGUAAAGUUUAAAAUACAUGUAGUGUACAGUAACAUUAAAGUGACCUUUUUGUCUAGUUUAUUACAGGGCUGUCACUAAGAUUUCCUUUAGCUGCUAGGGUUCUUAUGAAAAUAUGGCGAAACUAUGGGGAUCGUCUAAAACUCAAUAGGUUGAUUUGAGUGAAACAACAACUCUGUAUUUACUGUGUUAACUGGAUGUUGCAUUGUUUUUGUUCUACUAGAUGGAUAGUGAAGGUUACAUUCCUAUUGCACUCAUUGCAAGCUUCUACAGAGUUCAGGCCCUUACACAGGAUUACAAUCUUAUAUUAGAGGUACAAGUAUGCCCCACUCUGCCAAUACGUUAAGCAUGCCCCUGUCAUAUUUGUCUUCUCUUGUUAAAUGUCAUGAAAAUGUUUCAAGCCCUCUUCAGUGUAGUUUUGUCACACUAACAGCUGUGAUACAAUUAAAACCUGCAUGUAAGAACUUACAUUUUUUGAAGUCUUCUAAAAAAUUUUACUGGAACCCACAUAUAAGAUUAGAACCUGCUUGAAUUUGCUUGGCUAAACAGGUUCUUAUAAUUAUUUUUGGGUAUUAAAGAGAAAAUUUCUGCAAGCAGGUUUUUAAACCCUUGGGUUCUUACGUGCAGGUUUUUACUGUAUUUUGAUUUUUUUUUUUACUGAUAGGGAAUAAUGUUAACUGUAAUUUGUUAUAGGCAUUACAAGGCAGUGAGAUAGUGGAGCUUGAUCCUACACACAAUGCAAUGAGGAAAAAGGAGAACCCUGUAUUGUGGGUUAUUCCAGCUGACCAGCCAUUCACUGGUAAGAAGCGAGGGUCAAUGAUAAAUUCUUUACUUUGUACUUUUUAAAUUGAAAUUUUGAACCAUACAUAUUGUGACAUCUGGAGGAGCAUGAUGUUUUAAGACUGAGUCAAGUAGCAAAAUAUUUCUUUCCUUCCAUUUUUUGUCGUUUAGAUGUAAGAUUUUUUUUUUUGUUUUCUUUGCAGUUGAGAAUACUGCUGCUCACAUCUCUGAGACCACCCCUCACGUGAAACAGCAUCAAGUACAAGGUAUGAACAAGGACUUUUGACUUAUGCAUCACUUACAUCUCUGGCGGAUGCCCAGUCUUACUGUUUGGGAAAUAAUUAAUAUUAUUAUUGAAUAAUAAAUAUUAAUGUCAAUAGGCCUUUGUGAGAAGCAGUUCCAGUUAAGAAGACUGUUUUUAAUUAAUAAAGACUGUGUGGGCAUCUGUAAUGCUGUACUUAAAAAGCUCAGUUUGGAAAAGAUGCACUAGAUGUAGUUUGGUCUAAAUAUAGGUGUAUGUUGUAGGUAAAAUCUGUUUUCAGGUUAAACCAGAAUUUCCUUUGUAUGCUAAUAUUGAUUAGGGCUAGGAAACAAAGGAUAUUUUGAAUCAAACCAGGUUGAAUACUGGUUAAACCUAAACCUAAUUUUACCCUACAAUAUGCACACUUUAUUUGAGUGUCACAUACAUAGGGGAUAUUACAUGGCCACGAAGAGAUAAGAAAUUUCUCUUCGAGUGUUGAAAAUAUUUUUUCAACACAAGAAGAGAAAUUUCGUAUCUCCAAGCAGCCAUGUAAUGUUCUAUUUAUUAUAUAAACCCUGAUGAAAUACAAAGCCAUUUCACUUUGAUAGUUUUUUGGUGUGAAAGGCACGAUUUAUUAUGAAGCCAUAGCAACGGUGAUAUUUUCACAUGUGAAGAUAACAUCUUAUUUUCACAUGUGAAGAUAUCAUGUGUUUGUGCGAAAUCUCACCUGGUAUUUCAUUGGCGUUUAUAUAAUAAAUAUUUAUAUCAAAGGGUAAUUAGAUACAUUAUUUUACAACUCUAUACUCCUUAUUGAUUGAUCAUAUUAUCUUUUUCAUCAGAAACAGAAGUGUCAUCUAAUGCUGAACUCCCAAAGCCAGCAAACAUAAUCAAUGAUUUGGUGAAUCCUGGUGAAUUGAUAAAACAGGCACAAAAGGAAUCGGUGUUAAAUAACACUUUCAGUAAUAAGGCUGAAGAAGCAAAAGGUAUGAAUAAUUGCUCCGGAACAUAUCCGACCAGACUUCAAGUGUUUCACACUUGAUCUGGAAUUACCUGAUUAUUAUUCUAGUACACUUCAUAUGACCCUAGCUGACCAGGUUAGGUGGGUGUUAUGUUGGUAUUAGAAAUGUCGUUCUACUUAAAAACGUAAAUUUUUUUCCCUUGCAGUUCUGAAAGUUCUCGUACAUUACUUAUUCAUCAUCCAGAGAUCGCUUUUGAUAAUUAACCAGUUUACUCCAAAAGUUACCAAAAUAAAAUUUAAAAAAAUCCAUGACAUGAUUCAGACAGAGCCUCUUUUUCUCCUCCUCACUCUAGAAGGGAAAAGGAGGAGGCUCUGCUCUGUGCAGGGUGAGCCCUACCUGCCAUGCUGCCAGGCCAGUUUCUUACUCCAGAAAAUUGAAAUUUGAAAAAUUUGCAGGAGCAAAAAAGCCAGAUGUUGACUCGUGGACAGAAGUAAAAAGAAGAAAACCAUCAUCUACAAAAACAGAUGCCAGUAAUAAGGUAAGCGUGAGAAAAUAAGUACAUUAUCUUGAGCAAGGAGGAAUGCCUCUCCCUUGCUGCAGAAUCAAGUCAAGGUAAAAGUUGUUGUGGAACCGACAGUGAUGUAAAAAAAUUAAGUGGCCUGAAUUGGUGUGCGUUCUCAUCAACUCAAUUCCAUCACACAAAAGUUAUGCCAAACAUUAAUUUUGUAACAUGACGAGCUUUUUGAUGGGAUGCAGGGUGCAAAGAAAGUCAAUUUUACAGCCUGCCAUUCGGGCAAGUUGUAGCUAACAUUUACUAGUCCAAAUAUCAUUUCAACUAGCCCAAAAAACGUUUUGAUGACCAGAUUGAUUUCACAGUAAUUUGAAUUCCUCAAAAAAAUUCACUUGCCCAUUGGGCAAGUUAAGAACAGAAUUCACUAGCCUGAUAGCAAAAUCCACUAGCCCCAGGCUAUCGGACACUACUUUCUUUGCACGCUGGAUAGCAACGUUUUGGGAUGUAAGUAAGCCUUCGUGCAGAAACCAUCUUGAAUCAAAAUUACAUUCGUUUAUGAUAAAAUGAGAAUAACAUAUUGUAAUACGUCUGUAAUAGUUGUAAUGUAGAGUGUAAAACGAAUAAAAAGACAAUGCAACUGCAUCAACUUGGACGAAAGCUUUUUAAUUCAAGCUUAUGGGAUGAAACUGUUUUUGUCAGGGUUUAACAUCAUCUUGAAAAACUCUUGAAUUUAAGGAGUCAAAUAUACUUGAAGUACUUGAAAAGUAAAGCACUUAGUACUUUAAAUUGGUUUUGGUCAAUGAAAAACCUUUUUUAAGCAAAGCACAUGUACACUAUCAAAACUUUAAAAUAUACCAUGUUUUAAAGCAGAGUACAAAAUAAUGCAAACAACUUGGUAAUAAAAUUAUAUUCAUUAUAAACAAGUGGUUCAUUUCUAUGAAGGGUUCAGAAAAGUCUUUGAAUAGCCCUUGAAUUUUUGGCCUGCAAAACUCUAUGAAUCCGGUCUUGUAUCUUGGUUCCUGAGGGAGGAAGUGGUCAAUUAGUGAUUGAUUCUCAACUCAAUGUUUAUAUUUUAUUAGACAAGUGGCUUCUCAAAUGAUCAGGAAGAACUUGAUUUCAAGUUUGAUGAGGAACUAGAAAACCAAGGAAAACAACCAACAAUAUGUUCCUCAGAUUGGUAAGUUUUGUAACAUGUUUUGGCUUAUGUUUUAAACCUAUCUUGGAACAUUACAGGUCAAAGAUACACUGAAUGCUUCCAGUGCACACACAAACUGUACACAUAUUUUUGGGUAUGUGCACAUGGAUGUACUGUGACUGUCCAAUAAUGGAUAGUGCUGUAAGAAUUUUUUUUUUAACAGACUGUCUGUAUGAACAUAGUCAAGGACUGCCACACUUCAAAUUUAACUUUGGUUUUGUUCCUGUGAUGUCUACAUGCAACAUUAAGGUGCAUGCAGUAUUGCAGUCAGGCUUCCAAAUGCCCAUGAAAAAGAUUCAAACCAAGUUUUUUCCAUUUCUAUUCUGGAUACAAGCCAGAUAUGCUAAAAUGUGUGCUAAAUUGUAGGGAUGAUGAUUCAGAUGAUGAAAUUGAUGAUCAGGAUAUACAUAAAAUCAUGAUUGUCACUCAGACUCCACCUCCCGUCAAAAAACAUGACCGGACAGGAAACUAUGUCACCAGAGUUAAAAUGACCCAGGAACUUUCCAAAGCAAUAAAUGAUGGUCUUUACUACUAUGAACAGGUAUGAAAAAAGCUGUUUUUUCUAAAUGGUUAAUACAGUAUUAAAGUGUGAUGUCCUAAAAAUCAAAUUUCUGAAAUUUGGGAUUUGUCAGGAUAUUCUGAAAGAACAAUGUCCAAGAGGCCUACUUGCCAAAAAUGAGCAUUUGGGGGCAAAUUGUCUCUAAGAUUGUAGCCCAGUUAUGCUUAGAAAACUCAAUUUUUUUGUGUUGACACAAAAAAAAAUUAGAAGGGUUUGUAUGGAGUUUUCAGAGUAUAACCAGCUAACAUCUCAGGGACAAUUUGCCUGGAAAUCCUCAUUUUUGGUAAGUAGGGCUCUUGGACAUUGUUCUUUCAGAAUAUCCUGACAAAUCCCAUGAUUUCAGAAAUUUCAUUUUUAUGACGUCAUCACUUUAGAACUCUGUUGAGUGGUUAUGUUUGAUCCCACAAGAGAUGCAACAGAAAUUUUAGUAGGUGUCAGUUGUGACUUGCCUGUUGAGGGUACCAGGGUGAAAGUGGUCGCUUUAACUCAGUGUAAUAACAGUUAACUUUUAUUGUGUGAUGUGCUUUCUUCAUGCAAAUUCUAAUGUUUCCAUUUCCUACUCUCUUUUAUCGAACUGGUCAAAUUGUUAUACAGCUGUAGGCAUAAUUUUUGUGAUCUUAUGUUUUGUAGCUCUGGAAUGUGCAAGGUUUUAUUUUUUAUUUUUUUUUAGGAUCUUUGGGAUGAUAGUGAUGACAGUUAUCUCAACAGAAAGGUAAGUAAAAACAGUACAUCUUUGAUUAGGUAUUGACUUUGCGCUGUUUUAAAGAUAUUGAAUUCGAUUGUGUUCUUUCUUAUUUGCAGAUUGUUCUUUCAUCAUCAUGGAAACGUGUUGAGCUCGUCAGUCAGGACAAAUUUAAUUACCAGCGUGAUGCCCUUGACCCACCUAGGGCUCGUUCUUUCACAGAAGCUGAAUUCCCUCCCCCCAGUCCUCCCAUCACAGUUCCCCACACCACGUUAUCACCAUCAGCAGAAGUAUUCCGUCCGCGAGCUCACACAGCACCAUCGGAACAGUUGUCUAGAUCUCUCCCCGCCACAGUCCCUGAACUUCCUACCACUCUUGAGCAUGUGACACCUCGCUUUGGCUCACGCACUCCGAAGCGAAAAGAUGUCAAAGUUGCACCAAGGUUCUUCCCUGCAUUCAGUAAAGAGAAUGUCAGUGAUCAAGGUCCGAAGAAAAGAAAGACAAAGUACAGUCAGAACCCCCCAGUCGAACAUCAUGUUGGUUGGAUUAUGGGUAACAGAGAGUACCCUCCACCCAGAAGGUACAUGAUGCCGUAAAAUAAAGCCGUAAAAUAGCUUUAAUCCUUGUUUUUUUUUUUAAUUUCUUUGUAGCAGUAAAAUUUUUAAUCCUAAUGUCCUUUUUGUGUGAAUGGCAGUCAAACUUUGUACCCUUAGGGCGAUGUCCAUUUUUGUUAGAACUCACCAGCCAGACCAGCCCAGUUGUUAAGAGACGUCCAUUAUUAAUCAAUGCUAUUUAUGCUAGGCAGUGGUGCCUUUAAGGGAACAUUUCGAGAAAAGACUGAAAUUAUUUUUUCUCAAAAUGACCAGUCUGGCUGGCCUUUUCUGACUUUUGGUUUGCGUCCUUAGCCUUGACUUAUUUCCCAUGCCAAUAAAAUUUUAUUCGUAGUGUUGUUCUAAUGCUUGGGUUCACAAAUGAGACCUUAGAUGUGACGUUUCAAAUGAAGUCAAAACCUCUUAAGGUUUUUUUUGUAGUCAAUAAAGUGCAUUGCAGUGAUUAUGUUCAGUCACAUGCACAUUUUGUGAACUCAAAGCAAAAGACUGUGUGUGACCAAGAAGCUCCCAACAUUAACUUUUGCACAGUGGUUUUCAUCUUUGAUUUUUGGCAUCUUUUAUAACCAGUUUUCUCUACUGAAUAUGGUGUAUUAAUUUGAAGACAGUGUUACAACUUCUUCCUUAUCAUGUAUUUACACUUGUUAUUGUUCUCUGGUUUUCUAUUAUUACAUCGAUUCCUUGCAUCUGCCAACAUUAAUUUGUUUUAUUAACGUGCUAAGCUUUUUCUUGUAGUCCAAGUUAUAGUAUCUCUGAGGGUGUACCGCCAGGGGUGCAUGUUGGUAGUUAUGGUUCAACGCCUCAACCAAUCCCACGCUUCCAGCAUCCCUCUCAUGAACUUCUUCAGGAAAACGGUUUUACUCAGCAACUGUACCAUAAAUAUCACUCCAAGUGUCUAAAAGGUAUCUCUAAAACCAAUUUACAAGUGCUAAAAAUCAGCAUGGCACACCAAAUUUUUGGCACCGUGCCUCGUUUACCCAUGCCAAGACUACCUCCCGGAGGUAGUCUCAGCACCCCUAAAAUUUUUAGCACUGGUGCCACAUUACAUUUGGGACCGAUAUUGGGAGUGCCGUGCUGUAAAAUCAUCAGCACGGUGCCAAAAAUUUGGCAUGCCAUGCCGAUUUCUUAGCACAUGUAAAUGGCGUUUAAGUAAAUAGCAUUUUAAUAGUGCUAUAUGUAUAUAUGAGUAACGAGUUGUUUUAAGAAAAAAAUGAUAAUGGCUUGUUUUGUGAAAGGGGAUUCACCAAAACAAAGAAAUCCCUUUUUUCAAUGUUAAGGGCUAGAAACCUGAAUACUUGUAUGGUUAAAACCAUAUUAAUUUUGUUGGUUCUUUUUCAUUUUUAUUGUUUUGGUUUAGAAACUUUAAUUUCUGUGCUGUAUAUAAUGUUUUAUUUUGUUUCCUACAGAGAGAAAGAAGGUAGGAAUUGGCCAAUCACAGGAGAUGAACACAAUGUUUAGAUUCUGGUCAUUCUUUCUCCGGUCCCACUUUAAUAGGUAGGUUCAUUUUGUUGCAGAAAGACUUUUUCAGGAAAGAUUCAAACUGUCUUAAAAGAACUUGAAAUUUGAAGUUAUAUUAUUUUAUAAUGUUAUGAGGAGCUGGUGCUGAAGUGUUAGUUUUUGAAUCUCUGUUGCAGCAAAGGUACAAGCAUGUAGCACAUCAACUCAAGUGACAGCCUGUGUAGCUGGUGGUUUUGUUGUGGAAAGGUGCAAGUGAGCAGUGAGAAUAAUGGGGCAGCACUGCUCAUUCUUUUGGCUUUGAUGCUCACUUUUGUGGCUGUGCUGCUUGUUCUACAUCCCUCUAUGACAAAACUACCAGUUACGUUGGCUGCUGAAGUGAUAUUGGCAGAUUUUCAUAUUUCACUGCUGCUCAACACCUUACCUUUGAAAAGGUGGAGCAUGAUAUUUCCCUGUUAAACUCAUCACCAAUAGAUGAGAGCUUGGGUGCUGGUGCCUACAAAGUUGGGGGAGCCAGGCAAUGCUCUAGCACAAGGAAGGAGGUAUCCACGGCAACCCUACGAGUGGCACCCCCCAGGCACUGUCGCACUGAACUGUUCAGUGGAAUACUUACGAACCAGUACUUACCUGGCCCUGAACUAAAGAGAGUGGGAGGGUAGGGAAAAAAAAAAAAACAGCACCAAAAUGUCAAGCAAGCAACAAGAAUCUAGUGAAGACACUGCGCAGAACUACAAGGAAGCAAGGUGCCCCUGCUAAAGGCGUUUGGCCACCCCUAGCAUAGUUGGAAAAACUUUCGACCAGCAUUACUUCGAGGUUAACUUUGCCUAAAUUACAUUUAGCUGCAUGUAAUCUAACCCCUUAGUGUUUUUGAUAGCAAUCUGUUAGCUUUAUAUCAAGUUUCGGUAAACCCUUUUUCUCUUCCACUAAGCAGAAUUUUAUUGUCACGUCGUGUUCUACCUUGGUUUGAGAUUGCAUGGUGUCCCAUUCCCUUAAGAAGUGAAUUGAUGGUGGAAGUCUUUAGUGUCUCAAUUACCAGCACCCCCUGAUUACGUGGUGUUUAUUCAGUUUGUAUUUGAAGGAUCUAAUAGUGACUUUGUUGUUGUUUAUUUUUUCUUCUUGCCAGGAAAAUGUAUGAAGAGUUUAAAACAUUAGCAGUAGAAGAUGCUCUGGCUGGUUACAGGUUAGACCUAUUCAUUUCUGGACUUAAAAGCUAAACAUGCUUUGAAAAUUCAUGUAAUAAUGUUAAUACUAAAACUAAUAUUCUUUUCUCUUCCCAGGUAUGGCCUAGAAUGUCUCUUCAGGUUCUACAGUUAUGGUCUUGAAAAGAAGUUUAAAGCUGACCUAUUCAAGGACUUUCAGGCUGAGACUAUCCGUGAUCAUGACUUAGGUACGUUGGGUGUUAUGUGUUUAAGUGGUUGUCACAGUUGUUUGCAAUCAAACCAUCAAUGACUCCUUGAUUUCCCCUUGCUGAUGCCAGCUGGUUCAUUUCAUUGGCUAGAAGAGUAUGUUCACUUUUGACCAUUGUAAAGAGUUUUACGAGAUUUUCAGGAGUUUGACUAUGUACAGUACCGUUUGAAAGUAAGUUGACACUCGAUUCUCAAUCCUCGCAGCAAAAAUUAAGAAUUGAGACGAGAACCCAAUUCUCCAUGGUUGAAUCUCGAUUCCAGGUAUUCCAUUCCUGCGAGACUCAUCAAACUGGAACAGUUUUUGUUGAGUUGCAAGAAAUUGGCUUUCUACUCUUGAUAUUUGAUUGCUGCACGAAUCUACAGCCUUCAUUAAGUUUUGAGUAAUCGUGUUACUUCUCGUAAGUUAGAAAAAACUUUCUAUUCUAUAAAAUAACAAACUCUACUCAAUUAAGAAUUCCUAAGCUUUUUACAGAAGAUUGUUGUACUCCUUGUGAACCCACCAACUUGACCAGAUGUUAUUAUGGUCUAAUAAAUUAUUUAUUAUUGUAUUUUAUUGCUGUUUCUUUCUCAGGUAAUCUUUAUGGUCUAGAGAAGUUCUGGGCAUUCCUCAAAUAUUACAGAGUAAGUGAUUUCUAUCGUUUGUUUGUCAUAAGUGCGUGUUUACGUUGAAACCUUGCAUUAAAAUACUUGUUGUGGUGUAGUUCUUGUUGAGCUUAACCAAUGCUUAACAAUACUUUGAAAGUCGCCUGUAGGUUUGGUGGAGCUUUCAAUGUUACUCCAAGACUGGAAAUAAGAUCCCUGAAACCUUUUUUACGAACUUCAUUCGAAACAAUGAAGUAUUAAAAAUUGGUUUCAGUGUAAUCAUCGUGACGUAUAUGUCGUCCCAUUCAUCCCAAAAACGAGGCGAUGGGAAGAAAAUGAUGGGGUUAAUAUAUGUUUGUUUGUCUUAAAACUUAAAAUUUAGGUUUGUUUGUUUGUGUGUUUGCUUGUUUGUUUUAGGAGAAAACAAGGUUUGAAGUUGAACCAGACCUCAAGAAGCGGCUUGCUAAGUACAAGACGAUUGAUGACUUCAGGAAUGAUGUAAGUGAACAAAAUAUAAAAAUCUUUCAUCUCUUAUUGAACAAUGUUGCGUCCGUUUGCACGGGAAUUCAUGGGAAUUUGCUCCUUUGUCUUACAUAAAUUAUGCAUUCAUACUGGACGUGAAUAAGACGAAAUUUGAACGAAAAAGUUCUCUGGAGUAUUAUCACAUGACCUACAUUGGGAAAACAAAACAUACAAGCUAAAGAGGUUUAUUAUUAGAGUUCAGAAUGAUAAAGCAACUGUGAUUGUCUUUAUUUUUGUCGUAGCCAAUGAAUCAGUUUCCUGUCGACCCGCACAGUAACAAACCACGAUCCAGACACAGCUCACACAGCGACAAACAUGACCGUCACCCUCAUGAGAAGGACGAACAAAAAGAAACUAAACCAGAGCAUACUCAGAGGAAGGGUGAAGAGAAAGAAAGCAUCCAAGAUAACCAGGCUGCAGCCAAGGAUGAUAAAAAGACAGGAAAAAGUGAACAUCCGACUCCUGGCGCAACAGCUGGCAAGGAUGAACAGAAAGAAACGAAACAUGACCAUCCUCAGAACAAGGAGGAACAGAGAGGAACCAGACAUUAUAAAGGCAAGGAGGAUCACAAGGGCACUAAGCAUGAGCAUCAUUCUAAAGGCAAACACGAGGAGCAUAAGGCAAACAAAACCGAUAAGAAGAGUUACAAGAGUGGAGAAAGCAGUAAUGCAAGGAAAAAGAGCUCAGAACACAAGGAGGAAAAGGUUAGUGCAGUAGCGGCAAAGGACAAAACUGUUGCCACAAGUGGGAAACAAAGCAAAACAAAACCAGCUACAGAAUCCACUUCUGACAAAGACACUUUGAAUCAAGCUGCUUCCGUCACUGCUUCUUCUGUGUCCUUAUCCCAGGAAAAAACAGAAGUCGACAACAGCUCAAGAGACAAACAGGAUGCCGCUGAGGUUGCAUCAGUUUCUGAAAAAUCUAACACGUAAGAAUUGGCAGUCCUUAUGUGACGGUAACAGAACAUUGGAUUUUAGAUAUGUUCAACAACAAAAAAUUUAAAAUUGAAGAAAACCACCAAAAAAAUUUAAAAGAUAUCCAGCAGAACGUCAAUGAAAAACGCUUUGCUCUCUUUUGAAAGUGGCAUUGCAUCUCGAAGGAUAAGAAAACUGCUGCUGCCAACCGUGGCAAAACAUUGUAAUGCACUCGUUUUCGGCCCACACCUCUUUAGAGUGUGUGAUGGUAGUCUUGAUCGCAGAACUGCGCUGUCAAAGCUUUGCAGUCAUUCCACUAAGGAUGCUCGUAUAAUUUGAACCAGAAUACAUCAGUAUGAAAAAAAAAAGAAAACUCAACCGCAACGGUAUAUUUAACUGAAAUUUGCACUGAAGGGUAUUUCUAAUAUUGGUAUCAUCUAUCAUCAAUCAUCGCAUUCCGCUUCACUUCUGUAUUCGUUGGUUAUCAGCCGCUGCCAUGGAGUAGAAUCUCGGAUCUGUUACCUUCAAAACGAGUUCAAAUCAUUUUGCCCGUCAAGUCUUGUUGGCGUUCAUCACUGGACGUCUCAGUUCACUAGACCACACAUGGAAACGAUAUUCAUGCAGGACUUUCCUCAGUGUGCUCAUAAAGCUAGGAUGUUAUUAACUAUUUUUAUCAAUAAUAUGGCGAGUUGAUCUUACAGCAUUAUUUUUGUUUUUUGAGUUGGCCUCAGAGAGAUUUAUUGAAAUUAUAUAGUGUGAAAUUACACGUAAUAUCAAUAUUAGUCACUAUGAUGUUUUACUUCAACAUAACGGAAUCUUACCGGAUAUUUUAGUAAUUCAUUCUGAUGUUGCCAUAGUGAUGGUUGCUGGGUAACGUCCAAAACUGACAAAUAAUCCAAAGAUUGCCCUCGCUCAUCGAGACGAGCAAGAUCUGGGGUUCAUAGCAAGAAUGUUGUGUGUCGGGAUUAUUAGAGACCUGUAGAUUCAAGGGCGAGGACAACUACUUGUACGAGAUUUGUCUUUAAAGUUUUUUAGCGUAUUCUCAAAACAUAGACUCCCCAGAAAGCUUCAUUUUACCAUUUUCACUAGAAAAAUUGGCACCUUUUCCUUUAGUGAAGGUGGUUACACCCUCUCCCGAUCGCCAAGUGAUAAAACUUCUAACAUUUGAUAACUUGCUUCCGCCACUUGACAUUCUCGCCAAAACUCGUAGUAGAGUAACGACGGCUACCACAUUUUACCGCCAAAAUGGUGCUGGUUCACGCGUGAGCAAUACUCGGUAUUGAGAAAGUCUCGUACUCGUAGUCGUACUCGUCUCAGAAUCUAAAGCUCUCUAUUUGCAAUCAAAGGCUGUUUUAUUGUGAUUGUAGUCACAAAAUGGUACCCUAUUUAUGUAUUUGAGCAGUCGCUCUUGAUCUAGGUGUACAUAAAGAUUGGUAACUUACAACUUAAUGAAAUCUCUUCCUCAAAAUUUGGGAGCUUAAGCAAUCACCAUGCACCCUGUCAGCAGAGCUUUUCUUUUAGCGUAAUCUGCCAAGAUUCUACAUGAAUCGAGUGAGAUCUUUGUUGAGCAUGCGCGGCGUGUUGCUAGGCUACAUGUUCGAACCCAGGCCUAAUCGCCUUGCGCUUGGUAUAUCGGGCUCCGUUGGGCUCAGUUAUGUGCUUCCUUAAGGUGAUCGAGGAGGAGCAACGAUUUUUAGCGCAACACAGCGUUGCAACAUUGUUGCGAUAUUGUUUCGAAUAGUUACAACGUUGUUCUAACGUUGCAACUCUGUGUUGCGCUAAAAAUCGUUGUUGUGAAUCGUCUCGUGUAACAUCACCUUUACUCCUCCUCGAUCAAGACGAGGUCAAAAGAGGCUCUGGUGGCAGGGUGUCACGACAGCGACAGUAGUAAAACCGUCACAAAAACAUGAAUUUGUACUUAAUCGCGUUUGUUUGACCUCCCUUAGUUUGUCAAUUAUUGUAGGGAAAUCAGUUUCCUGGAGGUAAACUCUUAUAUAAGGACUGUAUCCAAGUUUAAAGGGAGAAAAUAUUCUUCUGCGUUGUGUGUUCACGUCCUCCAUAAAACGUCGCAUGAGGAAGUUUCACGUCGUCGCCCCUGAGUGUGAUGUGUUGCUCGUGAUUUAUUGAAGUUCUCGUUUUCCGCCUUUGUCCUGGUUUCUUACGCUCCCUACUAAUUGACAUUCAAGAACAAAAUAUCCGAGCUUUGGUGGCUCGCAGUUUAUAUAUAUAUAUAUAUUAAUGUUAUCAAACUUUGGGAGUACCGUAAUAUUUGUAUAAUAGGGUGAACCAUUAUAAGUUGUAUUUUAGGUGUGUCAACCCCCUCACCUCCACAAAUGCACCGUGGAUUUUGGCUCGAUAACCAGCCGCUGUUCGACAAAUGCGCCCGCAGUCCUUUUCUUCAAGAGAAUCGAUGACCAGCCAUCGAAACAGUGCAACCCUGCCUUGGCGUACAGUACUGAGUAUUGCAUAAAUGUGGCUAUAGAUAAAAAAGUUAAAUAUGGGUUGCUAAUCAAGAGUAUUAAACAUGUAAGAUUAUUGAAGGACAGUUGAAUUAGAAAUAGUUAAUGAAAAAAUGUAUGGAUAGGAGAGUCAUUGCCAUUUUUCAAAAAAUGCCUUGUUUUCAUCCAGUCCACCAGCGUUGUUACGAAACACGUCGGUGAAAAGAACCUCUUGUGAGGGUCCCCAAAAUACUUUGAAGCUCGAGAUUCGGGAUUUUAAAGAAAAUUUGGCGCGAGAUCGAGAUUGAAAUUAUGCGCGGGAUGUGGGAUACCAAAAAUAACCCUCGGGAUUACGGGAUUGCACGAAAUUUCGGGUCGGGAUUACGGGAUUGAAGAACCCUAUUGUGGAACCUCUCAUGCGACUAGUAGUGCGCUUUCCGCGUGGAAGUUAGCAGUGCAUCUUGUAAGUUCUUUUAAUGAGAAGUGAACAAAUCAUCUGAUGCUCAUCACGGAAUACUUGGAAGUAUCUACCGAACCCGGAACCGUCGCUCUCGUUUCGUUUUCGAGUGAACGGUAUAGUAGAUUCAGAUAGUUAUGAAAUAAUUAACGAGGAUAUUUUGGAAAAUGGUGGCCUGCUCUCUCAGCAGUUGUAAGGGUGCGCUCAGGCACAAAUGGUUACCAAAUAUGCAGUCAUCUCUUGGGGUGUCAUUUACACAUUUAG